AGUGGUAUUUCCGUUGGGUGCCCCACCUCUGAAAAUCGUGCACCUCGUGUAUGUGUGACGGGUUUUCUGUUGUUGAACUACACGCGAGAUAUCCACGGGGAAUCAAAUCGUCCUCAGCUCCGGACACGGAAGCACGUGUUCAAUUCAUUGGCGCCGAUUUUAAAUGCAGAACUGAUAAAGUGAUAAUCGCGGGAUGACAUCGAUUUUUUUGAGAUUGUCGUCGGGUGCGUGAGGAUUGUUUCGUUUUUUUUUUUAUCAUUAGUGUAACAGAAAUUAGGGGAUCGACUAAUUAGUCUGGAGAAUGAUGAGACUCCUAGUUCACCUACACGUUGUGGUACUGGUGGUGGAGGGUUCACUGGGUGGAUGGCGUGAACCCUGUGGUUCUUACGGAUGCCCACACCAACCUCGUUAUGAACCUUUCGUUCCUGCACCACCCGGUCAUACGCCCCGUUGCGCCAAGCCUGGACAAACCUUCUGUGAAACCCUUGAGCAUUAUCCAAAACAGUUGAUUAAAUUUCUGGUGGACAAGUGCAGCUACGACUUCUCGUCAGUUCUGAGGGAUGAGUCGAUCUACGGCUUCAAUGUUUACAGAGCAAAACCCGAUUACAAUCACGACAACGUGUAUCCGAGGCAGGAAGUGCAGAAGGUUUACAACCAGCCGAGCUCAUACCCCGUUGUCGAUCAGUCACCCAUGGUUUAUGGGCCCCUAGCCAAUGAUAGUGCCAACCAGGGGUAUACGUACAGAGCUCCUCUCGCCAAUCACCAGAAUCCACUGCUUCUGGAGAAUUCUCCAAGAUUUCAAAGAGGACAAACCCUCGCUGCUGAGUGGAUCAGACACACGAGACGAGAAACACCAGAGACAGAUCGUUCCUACCGUCAGAAUCCAUUUUUACCCCGAGAAAAUCAUAAUCGCGCUACAAGACAAGUCUCAUCUGAACCGAUAUCUCUCUGCGAGACAAACUCUCAAUAUAUAAUGCCCCGAGCAGCCCUGAAUAAUCGUGGAAAUUGGAUGUACGUUGUGAAUCUUCCUGAGACGCGUGAAAAGUACUCGCAGUUGGUGAAGUCCGAGACUUGCUCGACGACAACGUGCAAUGGAAUUUGCUCAUUACCAGAGGGUUACGUAAGUAGAUGUGAGCAGCAGUACAUUCAGAAGAGAUUGGUGGCCCUAGAAGGCAGUGGAGAUCGUCUGUACACGGAUGUCUUCUGGUUUCCCCACGGAUGCGCCUGCCAGGUAGUCCAGAAUUUCUAGUAACCAAAGACUUGAUCCGAAUGAACUAAAAUCAAAAUGAAAAAUCAAAUAUCGGUACCAGUGAAUUUUCAAUAACAUGUUGACCAAGUUGAAGAAGCCCCAAGAGUUCGAUGACUCGUCGAUGAGGUGACCAGUGCAUUCAGAGAAAGCCGUUCAACGGAUGUCAUGAAUAAUGUAUUAACGAUGACACGUUUAAACCAGUCAGUCUCUUUCAGUGGAUUUACUCAUCCGCGAAUUAAUUCACUGGGAUUUUCAUUGUCAGACAUAUUUUCAAAUGUCUUCUAUUAUCGAGUACUUGCUGACUCAAUGCCCCAUUCUAUCGCCUCAUCGAUGCCCAUUCGAUUAUUCACCAGUCAAUGAUCAGUGGACUGUCAUAUCCAGCAUUCAAAUUUUUCCUGAUAACGCGGGAAUUUCAGUCGGUAAGGAAGGAUUUAUGACUUGUCAAUUACACUGGAGAUGACGACACUCGAGAUUUUUUGACAGCAAUCGAAAGGUAGAGGGUAAUAUUUGAAAUGAUCAAUCGAUAUUCUGUAUUUAUCUCGAUCUUUCAGUCUUUUCAUUAUUUAUGAUUUUUAUUUCUAUUUAUGGUAAGAGUAUCAUCCAGUAUCAUUUCCUUUCGAAUGUCUCAAAAAUUAUUAGUUUGUGUUAUUUAUUGUACUUUUGUGAUAAAUCGCAGGAUUAAUUGAUACCGUGACAAUGAAAUAUUCAUUUAAUUAUUUCGUAUUAAAUAUAUUGAAUUUGUUGUGUAAUGAAUAUAUAAUAGUAAUGGAAGUGAUGAGAGAUCUAGUUUGUACGAGUGAUAGAGCUUCCUUCAUUGUUCACAUUCUUAUUUUAUAAAUAAAUAGUCUGACGGACUUCUAAAAAAAAGUUGCAACAGAUUGAUAUCCGUU